AUGAAAAAUAUCAUUUUUAAAAUAUCAAGCCUUGCUGUUCUUUUAACUAUAGUUUUAGGAGAUAUUGUAUUAUUAUAUGAAGAUAUUGUUUAUAAUCUUUCAUCUCUUGGAUGGACUAACUUCAAAACUUUAACAACUUUUAAAGCUUUAAAGGAAUCGGAAAAUGGUUGCUUAGGUCCUUACGAUAAGUACACUAAAUCUAUUUAAAAGACUUUUGGAGGUAGUUUUCCUCCACAUUGGAGUAUUAGCUUUGAUCUAUUUGUUUAUUAAAUGGGUGAUUGGGAUACCAAUGAAUUUGUAAGUGUAAGCUUAGAUGGAGUUGUUGUUGGUACAGCUAAUAAAAUAGGUACCUGUGAUAUUGAUUAUCAAAAUGGGUUCUAUGUAAAUGAUUAAUUAGUGAUAUUUCAUAUUAAUACAACACAUACAGCACCAUAAGCACUCAUUAAUGUAUAGCAUAAUUUGAAAUACUCUGAUGCUAUUGAAUGGCUUUGCUUUAAUGAUAUUAGGAUGUGGAUAGAUACAUGUGAUGAAACAUGUGCUUCUUGUAGUGGUCCAGCUCCUAAUUAAUGCACAAGCUGCCCUACUGGCGCAACUUUGAAUGCAGGUAAAUGUACUUGCCCUGCAGGCUAAUAUGGUUCUAAUUAUUAAUGUGUAACCUGUCCAGCUGGGACUUGGGCUGACACUAAUUUAAAUAAAUGUGUUCCUGCAUGCGUUGCUGGGUAAAAUUCUUGUAACGUCUGUAAAGAUUAAAGAUCAUGCGAUUAAUGCAGUGGAGGAAAAGUCAGUUUCAAAGGUGAUUGCAUAAAUAGCUGUCCUUUUUUUUAUGAUUUAAAUGCUGGUGCUUGUUAACCACUAGAAAAAAGCUUUCUGAGAGGACAAACUAUUUAUUAAGGCUUAGAUGGAAUUAUUGAUUAAACUAGUGCAGCCCCGUUUACUUUUAGCUUCACAAAACACCAUAAUCCUAAUUAGAAUUUCUAUGUUUGCAGUAAUGGUGUUAGGAUGUUAGGAGGUUUUGAUGUAACUGGAUGUAAAAUUUUUAAAUAAAAUAUAAAAAAUUGA